GGGCAGGGCAGGGCGGGCUGUCCAUUCCAUCCACACACCUGGGCUGUGAAGCGGGUUACAGCAAACCCGGGUUUAUUAUUAUUAUUAUUGUUGUUAUCCUUUUUGAGCGGAGGAUUGCCAUUGACUCCUCGCCACCAGCAGAGGAUCUUCAGACAUGAAGACAGCGUUUACCUUCUCUCUCUGCGUGUGGGUCGGAGCUGUGUACAAAUCAGGACUAGUGUGGGGCUAUUCCAUGUCCUCUCCUACACUCAACAUCACCGAAGACGAGUACAUCAUUAAUGUGGACAGCGCUCUGAGCAUCAUCUGCAGAGGACAGAGGCCGCUGCAGUGGUCGUGGCCGGGAAAGGCUGGAGGCAGCCGGGAGGGCAGCCAGGCCCACAACCAGGCUGACAAGACCUCAGUGCAGUCCUGGACAGAGGAGUCUGGGGGGCGGACGGUGAGUGUGCAAGAGUGCGAGGGCUCCGUGGCCCAACAAUACUGCAAGAUCUUCACCCUGACAGGAGCCAGGGCCAGCGACACUGGCUAUUACCGCUGCUCGUACCAGUUCAUCAGUGCCAUCGUGGAUGGGACCACCGCCUCCAGCAUCUACGUGUUUGUCCAGGAUUUCCAGCAGGUGUUUUUCAGUUCCUCACCAGAAACCAUCAACUUCAUCUACAUUUCCAAACACUCGAUGGUGACGGUGCCCUGCCCUGUGUCUGUGCCCAACCUCAACGUCAGCCUGCGACUGAGAAGGGAUCAACUCCUGAAUCCAGACGGGAAGAGUGUGAUCUGGGAUAACAGGCGAGGGAUGCUUGUUCACAGCCACAUGUUUGAUGAUGUGAUUUACGUUAAAUGUGAGACCACUUUUGAGAAGCAGCUGUUCAUCACAGGAACUUUCUAUGUGUUGAUGAUAGGCAGCGAUAUUUACGAGUUCUCCCUGAGGCCGGAUCACAUGGAGUUGAUUGCGGGUGAGAGUCUGGAGCUGACCUGCUCAGUGCGAGCGGAGUUCAAUGCUGGUGUGGAUUUCCAGUGGGACUACCCUGGCAAACAGACCCGCCGCGCCGUAUCCCUGGGGUCAGAGCGCCGGCAGCUGGUGGCAGAGAUGGAGCUGAGCAGCUCUCUCACCCUCCACAACGUGACGCUGAGUGACAUGGGCCAAUACGUGUGCCAGGCACUCACUGUCUCCAGCAACAUGAGCAAGAACGCUGACGUCGUGGUGCACGAGCGGCCAUUUAUCAGCCUGGAUUCCCAGCUGCCGCGAGAGAUGGAGGUUACGGUCGGGGAUAGGAACGUGAAGCUGCCCGUCAGACUGGCCGCGUACCCCCCACCCGAGGUCCAAUGGUACAAAGAUGGAAAAUUUAUCAAGAAAAGUCCAACCUUUAACAAGAUAAAGCUUUCUGUGUCUGGUUUAGUGAUCCGCGAGGUGGCAGAGCAGGACUCGGGGCUGUACACCAUCGUGGUGCGGAACUCCCAGGCUAACCUGCAGGAGCGUCUGACCUUGAGGCUCAUAGUCAAUGUCCCACCUCGGAUCCACGAGAAGGAAGUGGCGUCGCCCACAAACAUCUAUGCCCGUGGCAGCCGGCAGACACUGACAUGCACGGUGUCCGGUGUUCCUGCCCCACUCAAGCUCCUGUGGCACUGGCGGCCCUGGGGACCCUGCGGCCUGAGCUCCUCCCGCAGCCUAGGUCGGAGAGCCACGGUGGGCCGCCGGCCCCGGGACAGGACCCCUGAGUGUGGGGACUGGCGGAACAUCACAACCGACACUGCAGUCAAUGAGAUCGAGAGCCUGGAAACCAAGACUGAGAUAGUAGAGGGGAGAAACAAGACAGUCAGUAAGCUGGUGAUUCUGGCGGCCAAUCUCUCUGUCAUGUACAAAUGUUCUGCUUUCAACAAAGCCGGUCAGGACGACAGAGUCAUCUACUUCUACGUGACAAGUAUUCCGGAGGGAUUUGGGAUUGAGAUCCAGCCUUCCGAGAUUCCAGUGGAGGGAGAGACUGUUCACCUCCGCUGCAACGCUGAUAAUUACACAUACGAGAAGCCUCGCUGGUACCGGCUGCUGCCGAGCGCACUGGAGGGCGAGCUCGGCGACCUGGUGCUGGAGUGUGAGAACAUGCAUCAAUACGCCAUGGAGUUGCCCGGAGAGACUUUGGCCGAUGCCCAGAUGAAAGGCGUGGCUCUGGUGCUGAGCAUCGCCAGCGUCACCCUGGACGAUGAGGGUGACUAUGUGUGUGAGGUGCAGGACAGGAAAAGCGGCCACAAGCACUGCCACAGGAAGUACAUCUCUGUACGAGCCCAGGAGAGUCCGUGGCUGCUGACAAACCUGAGCGAUGUGACUGUGAAUGUGAGCAACUCCCUGCAACUGCAGUGUGACGUGACCGGCCGACCCCUUCCCCACCUCACUUGGUCCAAGGAUGAGAAACCUCUGCACACAGACUCUGGGAUCAUCCUGUCGGAGCGAAAUCGGACACUGACCAUCCAGCGAGUGCGCGAGGAGGACAGUGGGCUGUACCGCUGCUCGGCCUGUAAUUCCCGUGGCUGUGUCACCUCGGCCGCCAGUGUCGCAGUGGAAGGAACUGAUGAUAGGACGAACGUGGAAGUGGUGAUAUUGGUCGGCACAGGAGUCAUCGCUGUCUUCUUCUGGAUCCUCCUCAUCCUCAUCUUCUGUAACGUCAAGCGGACUCACCCAGCAGAUAUAAAGACUGGCUACCUGUCUAUAAUCAUGGAUCCCGACGCCAUCCCAUUGGAUGAACAAUGCGAAUACCUGCCAUAUGAUUCUAGCAAAUGGGAAUUCCCAAGGGAUCGUCUGCGGCUGGGUAAGACAUUGGGACACGGAGCAUUCGGGAAGGUGGUUGAAGCCUCUGCUUUUGGGAUAGAUAAAAGCAGCAGCUGUAAGACUGUCGCAGUGAAAAUGUUAAAAGAUGGAGCGACGGGGAGCGAACACAAGGCGUUGAUGUCAGAGCUGAAGAUUCUCAUUCACAUUGGAAACCACCUGAAUGUGGUCAACCUGCUGGGAGCCUGCACCAAAGCCAAAGGCCCUCUCAUGGUGAUCGUUGAGUUCUGCAAAUAUGGAAAUCUGUCCAACUAUCUGAGGAAUAAAAGAGAGGACUUCAUCCCCUACAGGGACAGGGCUCCUAGGAUGAGAAGCCAGGUCAUCUCUAUGGUCGAGGCGGUGAAAGGAAUGGACAAGAGGUGUCAGGGCAGCGGUGGAGAGACCUCCUUCUCUAUUCGCACCGCCAUGGAGAAGAUCCUCAGCAACUCCCAAGAGAUGCCUGAAGUUGAUGACCUCUGGCACCGCCCACUGACGAUGGAAGAUCUCAUCUGCUACAGCUUUCAGGUGGCUCGUGGCAUGGAAUUCCUGGCCUCCAGAAAGUGUAUUCACAGAGAUCUCGCUGCUCGCAACAUCCUCCUCUCUGAAAACAAUGUGGUGAAAAUCUGUGACUUUGGCUUGGCCCGAGACAUCUACAAGGACCCGGACUACGUGCGGAAAGGCAAUGCCAGGCUGCCGUUGAAGUGGAUGGCACCAGAGAGCAUCUUUGACAAAGUUUACACGACUCAGAGCGACGUGUGGUCUUAUGGUGUCCUCCUGUGGGAGAUCUUUUCUUUAGGUGGCUCUCCAUACCCUGGAGUUCAGAUCAAUGAAGAUUUCUGUCAGAGGCUGAAAGAGGGCACCAGGAUGAGAGCUCCUGAGUAUGCUACAAUGGAAAUCUACCGGAUUAUGCUGGGCUGCUGGCAGGGCGAGCCCCGUGACCGGCCAACCUUCUCUGACCUGGUGGAGCUUCUCGGGGACUUGUUACAAGCAAACGUCCAACAGGAUGGGAAAGACUACAUUCCGCUGAAUAUAUUGCAAUGUUCUGAGGAGGAUUUUGGCUUUUCUCAGCCGGGCUUGGCUCCUCCUCAGUCAGACGGUGACGAUUUUGAUUCAAGAUUACGCUGUGACAGCAUCGGAGGAAGAUACUAUAACUGUCUCUUGCUCCAUGGCUACCCAGCUGGAGGGAAUCCUGUUGUGUGUCCCUCAAGGGUUAAAACAUUUGAAGAAGUUCCUUUGGAGCAGAAAAGCGCAGUACUAAAUGACAAUCAGACGGACAGUGGAAUGAUCCUGCCCUCCGAGGAGCUGGAGAGGAUUGAGAGCAAACACAGGAACGAGCCAGUGUUCAGGAAAAGCAGUCAGAAAAGCACGGACUUGAGUUGUGAGCUUUGUGGAGAGCCGGGCUGGGGCCGGCAGACCAGGAGCCCGGACAAUGUGGGCCACACGAGUAAGAGCAACGAGCGUGGGCAGCAUGUACACAGCAGCGGGGAGCCAGAGAUGGAGCGUGUGUGUCUGGACUCUGCCUGAGUGAUCGCCUCGCACACACACACAACACACACACACACACACACACGUGUGUGGAACAUCCCCAUCACACCAGCUCUGGAGGACAUCGCCUGCCGCUCACGGUUUCUCUCUGGCGGGACGGCCUCCCGCUGGCACACCAAGAAGUUAAACUAUUUACCCUUUUAGUAGAAGUUUUACAGAAAAGUAAUAAAGCUAGUAUACUCACAGCAAUACCUAGCUGGGUCCUGUGAUUUCAGGCCGUUUUGUUUUUUCUAUGUUGUUGGUGAUGCAGAUAUCAGGUGCCUGGCACAGGAGAUUUUUAACUUUUUAUUUUAAAAAUCAAAACGAGGGAUAUUAAGACACCGAUAUUUGCCUGCCCGUGAUUUUGUUAUUGUGAAGUUGUUGUUGUAGUAGUUGUUGUGAAGAAAAGUUUCUUUUAAUUUUGAACAAACCUUUUGAAGGUGAAGAGAUUAAUAACUGAAACAUUGCCAUGUUGUUGAAAGAAUGAAGCAUUUUCACAAUUUCCUGAUGCUCUGGUCAACCCUGACCUGGAGUUAGGGCUCUCCUUCGCUCAGUGAUAUUACCCAGAGCUCUGCUUCUCAUUCCACCCAGAAAAUGAUGUUAACCCUAACACUAAUCCUGUGUUCUUUGGCCCAGCCUCGCUCUCCAUCUGUCCACUACCUUUGAAUUGAACCCACAUUCCAUGUCCUCUCUCCCGCCCUCUCUUUGCUCUCCUGCAUUCCCCAGUUGAAUGUGCAUUUUAUGCAACGUUCACAAGAAUAUUGAGCUGCUUCAGGAAAGGAAUCCUCUCUGCCGGUUGAAUUAACAUUUAUCCCAUGUAUGGUUCACUCUCAUAUGGGAAAGAUUAAAUACUUAAUUUCCCCCAAACUUUAAUUUAUCUCCUCCUCCCCCACCCCUUCCUCUAGUCUUGCAGCAUUCUAUCUGAAACUGUUUUGAAUUUAACAUUGUUCAUGUUGUUUUUACAUGAAAUCCAUUGAAUGUUACUGAGCUCUGGCUCCAUGACACCACUAGUUCUGUUCCUCCCUAAACAGGACUCUGUGACAUGACAUAUAGGAAGUGUAGUAUGACUUGGAAGAACCAGGCAACCUUGGAUCUAAUGUUCCCAAAGCUUCUCACUGUGCUGCAGUCUAAUCCAUACAGAAGUAAUUGCUAUCAACAUCUCCAUUAUUGUAGCAUGCGACUACCAGGAUGG